UAUAGCUGUGUUCUUUUCCCGGAAUCGACUGCGCAAAAAAAAAAUCGCAUUUCCAGUCAGUUUUCCAUUUUUGUGCUUCAUAGCCUAAACGCAGGGCUGUUAGUUACCUACUCGGUAUUCCUUCACACAAUUGUGGGGGUGGGGUACUCAUGUGCAAAGAUGUGAGACAAGAGACAGGUGAUGCGCUCUCUGCAUGCAUCCUGUCUUCAACAGGGGGAGCACAGCCACGGAACGAACGGUCGAACAGCAUGAGGCGUUCUCUUUUUACCGACGUUGAAUGACGAGGCGGAAUGGCAGGUGGACGUCGAGGACUUGUGGCCCCACAAAACACUUUUCUUGAGAACAUCGUCCGAAGAUCCAAUGAUACCAACUUUGUUCUGGGCAAUGCCCAGAUUGUGAACUGGCCCAUUGUGUACAGCAACGACGGCUUCUGCAAGCUCUCCGGUUACCACCGUGCUGAGGUCAUGCAGAAGAGUAGCACCUGCAGUUUCAUGUAUGGGGAGCUCACAGACAAGGAGACGGGUGAGAAAGUGCAACAGAUCUUUGAGAAUUAUGAGAUGAAUUCGUUCGAAAUUCUCAUGUAUAAGAAGAAUCGGAUGCCGGUGUGGUUCUUUGUUAAGAUCGCUCCUAUCAGGAAUGAGCAGGACAAGGUGGUGUUGUUUCUGUGCACCUUCAGUGACAUCACUGCAUUCAAACAGCCCAUUGAGGAUGACUCUGUGAAAGGAUGGGGUAAAUUCGCUCGGCUCACUCGGGCCCUGACGAGCAGCCGGGGAGUGUUGCAGCAGCUGGCGCCCACCGUCCACAAGGGCGAGAACGUCCACAAGCACUCUCGUCUGGCUGAGGUUCUCCAGCUGGGCUCAGACAUCCUCCCGCAGUACAAGCAGGAGACGCCUAAAACUCCUCCCCACAUCAUCCUCCACUACUGCGCCUUCAAGACCACCUGGGACUGGGUCAUCCUCAUCCUGACCUUCUACACAGCCAUCAUGGUGCCCUACAACGUCUCAUUCAAGACCAAGCAGAACAACGUCACCUGGCUGGUGGUGGACAGCAUCGUGGACGUCAUCUUUCUGGUGGACAUCGUGCUCAACUUCCAUACCACGUUUGUGGGGCCAGCCGGAGAGGUCAUCUCGGACCCCAAGCUGAUCCGGAUGAACUACGUCAAGACGUGGUUCGUCAUCGACCUGCUCUCCUGCCUGCCGUACGACGUCAUCAACGCCUUUGAGAACGUUGAUGAGGGCAUCAGCAGUCUCUUCAGCUCCCUCAAAGUAGUCCGUCUGCUUCGCUUGGGCCGGGUGGCCCGUAAACUGGACCACUAUAUUGAGUACGGGGCCGCUGUCCUGGUCCUGCUGGUGUGCGUCUUUGGCCUGGCCGCCCACUGGUUGGCUUGCAUCUGGUACAGCAUCGGCGACUACGAGGUCAUCGACGAGAACACCAACAGUGUGAGGAUGGACAGCUGGCUCUACAUAUUGAGCGAAUCGGUGGGGACGCCGUACCGCUUCAACGCCAGUGGCUCCGGUAGGUGGGAGGGCGGGCCAAGCAAGGACUCGGUCUACAUCACUUCCCUGUACUUCACUAUGACCAGCCUGACCAGCAUCGGCUUCGGCAACAUCGCCCCCACCACCGACGGAGAAAAGCUCUUCGCCGUGGCAAUGAUGAUGAUCGGAUCACUCCUGUAUGCCACCAUCUUCGGUAACGUGACCACCAUCUUCCAGCAGAUGUCCGCCAACACCAACCGCUACCACGAGAUGCUCAACAGUGUCCGCGACUUCCUCAAGCUCUACCAGGUGCCAAAGGGCCUCAGUGAACGCGUCAUGGACUACAUUGUCUCUACAUGGUCCAUGUCUAGAGGCAUCGAUACAGACAAGGUGUUGCAGAUCUGCCCCAAGGACAUGCGGGCGGACAUUUGCGUCCAUCUUAACAGAAAGGUGUUCAAGGAGCACCCAGCCUUCCGACUGGCUAGCGACGGGUGCCUACGAGCCCUGGCCAUGGAGUUCCAGACCACCCACAGUGCCCCUGGAGACCUCAUCUACCACGCGGGCGAAAGUGUAGACAGCCUCUGUUUCGUGGUGUCCGGGUCCUUGGAGGUCAUCCAGGACGAUGAGGUUGUGGCCAUAUUAGGAAAGGGAGACGUGUUUGGGGACGUCUUCUGGAAGGAGGUGACCCUAGCCCAGGCUUGCGCUAACGUUCGGGCCUUGACUUACUGCGACCUCCACGUCAUCAAGCGUGACGCUCUGCAGAAAGUUCUGGAGUUCUACACGGCCUUCUCCAACCACUUCUCCCGCAACCUGCUGCUCACCUAUAACCUCAGAAAGCGGAUAGUGUUCCGGAAGAUCAGUGAUGUGAAACGUGAGGAAGAGGAGAUGCUCAAGAGGAAUAACGAGGCCCCUCUGAACCUUCCUCCGGACCACCCCGUCCGUCGCCUCUUCCAGCGCUUCCGGCAGCAGAGGGAGGCGCGACUGGCAGUGGAGCGAACCUGUCAGGGGGAGCCACCAGACUUGGAGAAGGGCACUGUCCACCUGGAGCAAACCAAGGUCCAUGAGGUCCUCGCCUCCACCAGCAUCAUCAUGGUGACCGAGAGCCCUGCUACUCCCACAGCUUCAUCCACAUCUUUGUCUUUGUCCUCCAGGCCCUCUAGCCGAGUCAUGCUUCAUGCCCCUGCCAUCCAAAAUGGCAACCUCGUAGGCUGCAAGUCCGCAGAGCCUGCGCCAAAGAUCAAAAAGGGCUGGGGUCGUUUCAAGGAGUCUGUUGUGAAAGCAGAGUCGUGGAGCAGCGUUUCUAAGGCCGAGUCCAUGGAGACCUUGCCGGACAGGACUAAGUCCUGUAAUGAGAUGUCUCUCAAGAAGACGGACUCUUGUGACAGCGGUAUUACUAAGAGCGACCUGCGUUUAGAUAACGUGGGUGACGCCCACACUCCGCAGGACCGGAGCCCUGUGCAGUCAGAAGGGAAGCUGGUUGUCUGUCCUAUACCCGUACAGACCAUGCACGCCUCUUUCCUGGAGCUGAAGCAGGAACUUAGGGGAGACAUCGGGUCUCUUAAUGGCCGCAUGGCGGUGGUGGAGGCACAGCUGGCCGAGAUGCUUCAACUACUAAAAUCGAAAAAGGCCUCUAGGCCCCAAUUCCCAUAAGGACGACAGCUUCUCACAAUCUUGACACUGCAUGUUUUGGCAGUCUAUGCAGUGUUUCCCAACUCCAGUCCCUGAUUACCAACAACAGUACACAUUUUUGUUGUAGCCCCGGACAAGCACUGAUUCCUGAUUCAACUUGUUAACGAUCAAGCCCUCAAUGAGUUGAAUCAGGUGAGUUUGUCCGGAGCUACACCAAAAAUGUGUGCUGUUGGGGGUACUCGAAAGGGAGUUGUGAAACAUUGGUCUAUGGAACAUGAAGUGAAUGCAUCCUAGAAUUCAUCCAGGAGCUGGCUGUGGUGUAGCAAAAUUGUGAGAGAGGUUUUGUGAAGACUUGGGCAGUAAGAUGGUCCUAAAUUAGUACAGAUGAGUAAUGAGGGAUUUUCUUACCAUAUUAUUAGAUAUAGGGGUAACCUGGAUUUUUUUUUAAAUGCACAUCUGGAUUAUCUCUGCACCUUGAGGUACAUUCUGUGCGAUAUUCCAUCGAUCUACUUUUGUAGGAGUUCAAACUGUAAACUGCAUAAAUAACGCUUUUGUUGUCUAAUUUCUUUUCAAUUGGAUUCGUUUUAGUUUUAAUUUGGUCACACUUUUCACAUGGUAAAAUGACUAACCCCUUAAGGAGGUUUUCAUCAAAUCUGUGCACUCAAUUGAAAUUAGCAAUAAUAUUUUAUUGCAUUGAUAUAGUUUUUCAACUGGUCUCAAAGCACUUCAACUUGCAGGGAGUGAUGUGGCCAUGAUAAUAUGAGCAGUGUGGAGCAACAGCGAAGAUGCACAUAUCUGAAAUGACAAUGUCCACAGCGAAGAUGCACAUAUCUAAAAUGACAAUGUCCGCAGCGAAGAUGCACAUAUCUAAAAUGACAAUGUCCAUUGUUAUUUACACCAUUGCUCUCUCCUUGUGGUAUUAAAAUGAAGGGAAAUGAAGGGAAAAUCAUGAUUGUGAACUUUCAAUGUAUGGUGGAAACCAUGGCAUCUUUUCAACCAACAUCCAUCCUAAAUUGUUAUGGGAAGAAAUCAAUGUGAAUUUGUCUAAACUAUGAAACCUUUGUGCAUUUUGGGUCAUCACUGUUGAUAUAAUAUGCAAAGUAUUGCCAUCUAUAUUGUGUCUUUAGCAUUUCAAUUGCAAUGUUAAAGGAGUAAAAGGAGAUACUUGUACAGACAGGUCCAGAAUUAUUGGAACCCUUGAUAAAGAUGGGCAAAAAAGACUGUAUAAAAUAAACAAUACAAAUACUACAAUUGCUCAGAGAAAGAGAUUUUGUUUAACAAAUAAUAGUUUUCUCUAAAAAAAAAAGAUAGGGAUCCCCCCCUGUUUUCAAUAUACUCCGGCACCCUCCACCUUGCGUGGAUAACAGCACCGACUUUUUCUGAAAUGUUUUAUGAGAUUGGAGAACACAUUGGGAGGGAUCUUAGACCAUUUCUCCAUACAGAAUCUUUCCAGAUCCUUGAUAUCCUUUGUCUACACUUAUGGACUGCCCUCUUCAAUUCAAACCACAGGUUUUCAUUGGGGUUCAAGUCCGUAGACAGAAAGCCGUUGCAAAAUAUUGAUUUUGUGGUGAAUUAACCAUUUCUUUGUGUAUUUUGAUAUGUGCUUGGGGCCUAUUGUCUUGCUGGAAGAGCUACUUGCGGCCAAGUUUCAUCCUCCUGGCAGAGGCAACAAGGUUUUUGGGCUAAAAUGCCCUAGUGCAGUACUUGUUAAAGUUCAUGAUACCGUUGACCUUAACAAGGGCCCCAGGACCAGUGGAAGCAAAAUAGCUCAUAACAUCAAAAGAUCCACCACCAUAUUUUAAAGUAGGUAUGAGGUUAUUUUCUGCAUAUGCAUUCUUAUUUUGAAGCCGAACCCACCACUCCUGUGCGUGGCCAAAGAGCUCUAUUUGCACAGGUUCCAAUCCAAGUGCCAAUGCAAACUCCAAGCGUUUCCAUUCUGAGUUGCUCUCAAUUACGUUUUUCUGGCAACCCUUCCAAAGAGCCUAUUUGCAUGGACGUGGCAUCUAAUUCUAAGACUUACUUGGUGACCUGAAGUUUUCCAUAAUUUUCCAUCUUUGGCCCUUCAAUUUUUCUUUACCUCCCUUUACCUCUUAAUUGUUGACAUAAUAGUGGUAAGUGGGAUAUUUGUUUUUUAAGCUAUUUGUUGUUCCUGUUGUGAGUUUUUAGCAUUUUCCCAUGGCGAUUGAUGAUACAUUUACAUGUGUGUGUUACCUCAUUUUAGAAGUUAACAGGGAGCCAUGGAAGACCACAAUACAGUUAUUUAAUGAGAUUAAUUUAAAAAGAAUGUUAAUGCAGAUUUUGUUUGUUUUUAUAAGAAUAUUUAGCAGUUCCAAUCAUUUUGAACUGUAUCUUUUUAAAAUAUAUAUUUUCUCUGUGCAAUUGUAUUAGUAGAAAAAAAACAGUUUACUGUGCACUUGAAGUUUUCAGACCCCUUGACUUUUUCCACAUUUUGUUACGUUACAGCCUUAUUGUAACAUGGAUUAUAUCGUUUUUUCCCUCCCCUUUUGAAUCUACACACAAUACCUCAUAAUGACAAGGCAAAAACUGUUUUUUAGAAAUGUUUGCAAAUGUAUAAAAAGACUACUGAAUAUCACAUUUACAUAAGCAUUCAGAACCUUUACUCAGUACUUUGUUGAAGCACCUUUUGCACUGAUUAAAACUUUGAGUCUUCUUUGGUAUGAUGCAACAAUCUUGGCACACCUGUGUUUAGGGAGUUUCUACAGAUGUUUCUCUGCAGAUUCUCUCAAGCUCUGUCAGGUUGGAUGGGGAGCACCGAUGCACAGCUAUUUUUUAUAGCAAAGAUACACCCCCUUAGUCUACAUGACAAACAACAGAUGUGUGGAAUGGGUCACAUGGUUAGGAUUUGUAUGAAAGAAAUGAAUCAUUCACAGCAGACUACUGUAAAGACUGUUCUCAUUGUGUGGAAACCAGAGUCUAGCCCCCAAAACAAGGUUCCCUUCAUCAUUAUCCAUACCCGAGCCAUCUCUCCCUCGUACCUUCCAGUCAGACUUGAGCAGUCAGAUCUCCCUCACAUGAAUGGAAUGUGGCUUGUUAGUAGAUUGACGAUGCCUUAAGUGAUAAACCUAUCAGCAUUAAGCCCCAGAGGCCAACUGUCAGUUCACACAAACACAUUAGAGUUCUAAGAACCCUAUUCUGUUGCAAAGAACAACCAUUUUAUGCAAUAACAGUAUUAUAACAUAAUCUUGUAGUUUUGCUCUCAUAACCGUCGCCCCAGUCUGAGGUCCUGAGCACUCUGGAGCAGGUUUUCAUUAAGGAUCUCUCUGUACUUUGCUCUGCUCAUCGGGCGGCAG